UGUUUUCUUUCAGAAACUAUGUUUUCCAAUCUGCAUUUCAAAGAGAUCUUGCCCGCUCUUGGGGUGGGUAUUGCAGUGGGCGUUAGUGGAGCCGUUAUGUCCUACCGGCUUCGCUCACAAACCACCCUGACGUCUGUGGGUGCGAGAUUGGACAAGCUGGCGGAGGCCAUAGCGGGGCUCCAGAGAGAGUGGCGGGAAGUACGAGAGACCCUUAAGGCGCAGGGGGGAACGCUCAAGAGGACCAACUCAGGCUUCAUCUCAGUACACGCCAGCAGUGGGGACGAGGAUGAUGAUUUCUUUGAAGAAGCCUACGAAGGGUUCACCACACCUCCUGAAGCUCUACUGUACAAGGAUGCUGAGGAGUCCGUGGAAUUUGAAGGGGAAACCAACCUGGAGCUAGUGGCAUUCCUGAGGGAGAUUGACAAGUUAUUCCUGGGCACAGACGAGGAACAAGAAACUGCACUCAGCAGAUUACUGGCCAGAAGGUUACAGUAUACUCACAAUGUCCACUUCAUGUGGCGGCUGGCCAAAGCGCACUUAUUGGCAUCAGAUGUAGCUACAAAGAAUGGUGAUGACACCAGCAAAAAGAAGCUGAUAUUUGAAGGUAAAGACUACGCAUUCACUGCUAUUUCCAUUGACGAGACUAAUGCCGACGCUCACAAGUGGUACAGCCUCCUGAUCGGUCUAGCCACAGAUUACGUCUCCAACCAAGAGAAGAUCAAACUGGGAUAUGACUUCAAGGAACAUAUGUUGAAGGCAUUAGAGUUGCGUCCUGGAGAUCCCUAUCUGUACAACUAUUACGGCAGGUACAUUUAUGAGAUUGCCACGAUGAGUUGGAUUUUGAGAAAAGCAGCUGCAGCCAUCUACGGUGAACCACCAUCAGGAACGAUAGACGAGGCCCUGGAAAACUUUCUGAAGGCAGAGGAAUUACAGCCCGAAUUCUUCAGCACAAAUGCACUCUAUGUGGGAAAGUGUUACCUUCAGAAGCGAGACACCAAGAAUGCCGUGGAGUGGUUCCAGAAAGCAAUACGUAUUCCUGGGAGCUCAGCUGACGAACUGAAAUCCAAAGAAGAGGCUCAACUCUACCUUAGGAAGUACACGUAAAAGAGAGACGAGAAACUACAGCAUCAUCCAGUAGAAAAUGACGAGCGAUGAAAUCACAAUCGGUUCCAGUAAUGUCAGUCUGACUCCCUGAUGAGUACCAAAACUUCAGUUGCCCAUCAACGUAAGAUAAAUGGUAAUCACUUGGACAGCAACACUAAUGUCUGCAGUUUGUGUGGGCAAUAUCUAUAUUUGGUUAGAGUUGGGUCGAGGAAGCAGAUGUUCAGGUAGAAUUCCUUUUAUCAACUUGGUUUGGAGGCAUGGUGUCCAACCUAACAUCCGUGACCGUAUCCGCUCUGAGCAGAGGCACUCCUCAUGGGUUGAAAAGAGCCAUGGUAGUCGGGGGUGUUCAUUUUGUUGGUAGCGAUGGGACUGCAACACUUGUGUUUCAUAGUCAUCAGUGAACCGGUGAUGCGCAGUUUCUACCAAAGGAGCCUCCAUUGCUAGGAAACUUGCGCCCUCUCUUGAUCCAGCUCAGAACCCAUAGUCGCCAGGUCCUUUGUUUCGCCACUUAAUGUGAAAACCAAUGAGACUUGACAGUAAGUGGCGAAACUAGGGACCUGGCGACAAUGUUAUUUAUACAGUUGAAGAAAACAAUUGUAGUCCUGAUUUCAUGUUUUUUUUAUGUUGAAAAGUUUUUUUCAUGGGUAAGGUAAAAGACACUUUUUAAUGUCUGAGAAAUUUGCCAAAAAUACAAAACUGAAGUAUGUAUGUGUUUGUGUUCUUUUUGCAGAAGUCUGUCUUUGUUUUAUGAUGAAAAGAUAUCCCAUUGGUUUUUUAGUGAAAAAUUUGUAAAUAAAUGAUGUUACUUGUCUACGUCAUAUUUUAUCACUGUAUCAUCAGCAAUAUCAGAUAGGGUCAAAUACAGUAUUUGAUGGUGAGUAGAAGAGGACUCCAUUAUUUCAUUCUGUUGCCUAUGCUGUAGAUUUCUUCCGAUUAUGAUUCAGAAAUUAAAAAGCCUUUUCAUAUUGACUUUUUAAAAAAACUAGGUAUUAAGUUCAGCAUUUUGCCAGUCAAACACAAUACCUUCUGUUGGUCUCUUCUCUAAAGAUUGAAUGUAAUAUCGUGCAAUGUAUGUUAUCCAAAGACACUAGAUUAUGUUUCAGACUUGUAAUUUAAUAUGCUCUGACGUGUUGAUAGAAUCCUGAUGUGGUUGAGGGGCAUCAAGUAUGUUUAUAUUUUAAGGGGUCAUUAACAAAAGUGAGCGGUAAAGAAAAGUGGCUAAGGAAAACGAUUUUUUUGCAGAGGUGUACAUUUUACACUAGGCAGAAACCCAUUCAAUGUGCAGUGGAUUAGGUCACUGACUUUUCAUCAUAAUAGCACCCCGCAGGAAGAAUUACAGACACGAUGAGGAAGGCUUCAACUAUGCUAUUCUCUGAAUUUCCAGUGAGGUGAUGUCUUGUUGGGGCAUCUCAUAGGAAACUACCAUAUUCAAUUUUUUUUUGUCGGUGCUGAAAGUCCUUUUCCACUCACUACGUGAGUGAGCCCGUUUAAAUAUUAACUCACAUCACAGCAGUCAACAAGUUUGAUUUGUAUAUCGGUAUGCCAGAGAAUGGCAAAAAGAUCAAAGCUGUGACUUAUCCCUCCAUGAGUGAAUCAGCACCCUGCAAGCUUUGAUUAGUGUCGGCUUUCCUUACAGAAAUAGAAGGUUGGGAAACUGCUACUGCACAGCAUAUCUGAUGUAGAGCACCACAGCAAUAAAUAUCGCAUUAAAUAUUAAACACUCGACACGUGACCAUGCUGGACCAAUGAAACGACUUGUUUCAGAGGCACGUAGCAGUCUGCAUUGAAUAUCCUGUAUCAUGCCAACACACGGAUAGCCACAGUUAUUCCGCUUACAUAGUCUGCGCCAAAACGAACUGUUUUACCAAAUUGUUAAGACCAUUGUAAAUAUUUGUGCUGUAUGAUACAUGUACAUGCAUGAGGCUCUGGAUGAAAGUCUGCACGUGCGGAUGUUUGUGUACAUUUGUAAAUGACAGUAUUUGUACUUUUGCAAUUUGUAAAUGUAGUUUAAUGAUUAAAAAAAGACACUUUAAGUAUUCAAUGAACAAUUCCUAAGUGAUACAUUUGAUACAGUGCGCUUCGCAGCUGGUGAAAUCUUCAACUGAAAUCAAUACCAUGAAAAUGCGACUUCACGAUGUGACUUGCUCUGUGAAAAUGAGACAGAGGUCGCCAGGGCUACUUUGGAGUGAUCUCGUUCCGUGUAAAUCAGCAGGAACCCGCAUCAGUUUUCACCCACAUCAUGUCCAUUUGUAUCAAGAUGCCAAACUGAGUGAUGGACCAAAACAAAGGGCUGAGUUUGCUCUUCCCAAUACAAGGUAGUGCCCAAAGGGAUCUGGCAACCGAUGACUCAUUUUGGUGGACUGAGCCUCUAAUAAGUCUCUGUAUUGGUAUUUGCAUGAGCAAAUGUAUAUCAAGUGUAAUGACUGGAAAAAAAUUCCAUCCUCCUCCGUUAUACCAUGGUUUGCACUGCAGUCUUCCAUCACCAUAGUAGUGGGAUUCCCAUGUCCUUAAUAAAAUAAUUACCAAGGUUUAUAUAAUACAUGUAAUGAUAAUCAAUAAAUGGGUCAUUUGUACGAACACUUGACUGAGGUCAACUCCUUCAGAGAGUCUUGAGGUGAAAGUAUCUUGAGUGUGCACGAAUGCAUCUAGAUUUGGAAGUAAACUAUCAACCAGUCCGUGGGUUUCGCUUGUGCCUGUAUGUGCACUUCACUGCUCAUUUUUCAGAUUGAGAAUGGAAAAGUAAAUGUACACAUAAACAUGUGGUUCAGGAUCCAUGUUGAGACACACUGGUCAUGCUAGCAGGACAAGGAUAUGCAUAAAAUAAUCUGGAUCGAUCUCUCUACAGACACCUGAUAAGGCUGUGCCAUACCUCAGGUAAAUGCAGUGCAGCUUGACAAACAAUUAUCAUUGAUUAUGUAGUAUAAUGUAGCACGUCAAUCACUGUACCCCGAUUUGGACCAUGGCCAGCAAGUGUGCAUUUUCAAACUCUAAAUUCAGCUGACUGAACUGAACGAGAAUGGCAUGUUCAUGGCCUGUGCUAAUUCUCCCUCUGAAAACCACGAUUGGAACAGUGGCUUUAAGUUAACAAUGUCGCUGUUGCUCUAAUAGUGUUAUAACUUGUGUAUGCUAAUUAAAAAGUCAGUUGCCAAAGGAUGUUUAAUGCUGUGGUUCCAAAGUAAGAUAACAAGAGCUGUGUUAGGAGUAGCCUAACAGUGUGUGCCAACACGUUGCACACUAUGCUUCCUUGCCCGUUAUUUCAACUACACAUUGAAACAUUUGUAAUACCAGUAUUGGAAACUACAGAAGCAGUAGGUGUACAUGUACAUGAACUUGUGUGUAUUUUUUAUUUUUCAAAAGUAUUCAGAGAAAAUUAUGAAUAUACUAGAAACUCUCUUUCAUUCAGUGAAAAUGCCAAUAUAACUACUAGCUUUGCUUGCAGUUUCCUCUGGGGAGAAAAAAACCUAUGCAAAUUAGAGAGAGCAUAUUUUCUGCUAAAACUUUAGCCAAAUGUUAAAAUUGUACAAAUUUAAUGCCUCCAUGGCCAUGGUACUUUUCAACUAUUCAUCAUAAUCUUAUUUAUGUAAGUGCUGCAAUUUAAUAAUUGCAUUCAUCAAGAUUGCCUAAAAGUUGUCUAUUUUAAUGCUCUAACAAAUACAUGUACAAGUCAUAUUGCCAACAUUGACCACAGCUCUCUAAAAAUCUCAGUCUUUCAGUGGAGUCAUUGCGAACUGAAUUUUUCAAUAUUCAAUUGCAAGUUUUUUGGGGGGGAAGGUUGGUGUUAGUUCAGUAUGGGAACACGCUGUUCUGAAUGCUUUAUGAAGUGUAUAAAAAUGUUGAUAAAUUUGGAAUUGUAUUUAAAUGAAAUUAUUCUUCGAUGUACUUUUGAUUAAAAUUCUACGUUAUUUCAGACAGAUGGCA